AUGUCAAACACUCAGCUCUCGUGGAAGGCCCUCGGGGACAUGAGGGUAGGGAUCUUUUUCAAGGUCACUCCCUGUCAUAGCUGGAAUGACGCGUUGACAUUCUUUAAGGUCUCGUCGAAGCAGGAGACGGUUGAGGCGUACUUUGGGACAUACAGAAAUGGACUGAUAACUAUCGCAGAAGACGUGCAGGCACCAGAGGGGGUCAGGGAGCGGGCUAAAAGCCUCCUGUCGACCACGAAUGUCGAGCUAUUCCGCCGUAAAUACGAGGCAUGGCGGCUCCAGUCGGAGAAGGAUGAAGCCAAGCAAAGUCUCGCAGAAGGCUAUGCCUCGCUCGCCAAGGGGGCCGGGAGCAUGUUAAAAGAUGGUGAAUCAUCAUCAUCGUCAUCACCACCAUCAUUAUUAUCAUCAUCACCAAGUUUCAAGAAGCGGAAGCGAACGACCACGGACGGAGGCUCGACGUCGACGACGAUCACGACCAGUACAGAGCCCGAUCUGAGCAGCCGAAAAGAGCGCUUUGCCGCGAUGGAUCAGUCACAAUUCUGGGAGCUCAGAAGCGGCAGAACUGUUGAAGAGAUCCUCUACAAUGCAAGCCUGAAGCGGGAGGCCAAUUUCAAAAUGCGGUCAUAUACGAUUGACUUUGGCUGUGAGAGGACGAAGGCGCUCUUUACCAAGGAUGAGUGGAAGGAGAUGAAGGAGCUGGAUGACUUCCAACUCCCCAAAUUACCAGAGUCGACCGAGAGGUAUCUGCGUGACGUCAGGAAAGCUCUUGUCAAAGGACAGCAUGUCGCGUCGGUGCCUGUCCCGGAAGAAGACCGUUAUUCGUGCGAGCUGGUGCUGAGGACGCAGCUGUACAUCACAAAGCCGUGUCCAUUUGGCAACAAAGAUCUGUCAGAGUCGUUCUGGUGCAGGGAGGCGUGGCCGAUCAUGAAGGGCUUGUUGUCGGAUGUGGACGGGCUGACAAUGAUUGAUGGAGAAAAGGCGGGUCUGGAGUCAGGGAAGAGGAGGAACAUGGGGCGCAAGGUCGACAUGGAGGCCCCCACACCGCGCAAACAGAGUGGACGGAAGCUGGAUCUGGUAGCCAGAGACACAACUAACAAGCGCGACUGGUUUGUGGUAGAGAGUCUCAAAGAGUGGGAUGAGGUGUCGACCAAGUUCUUGCGCGAACUUGAUGUGACGCUGUUCAAAGACCUCCACCUCAUCGCAUUCCACCGGCUACAGGAACAGCCCAGUUCCUUAUUCUGCAGCCAGGCGCGUUUCUUUGCAAUAUACUCUGGAAGCCGAGGUUUCAAGACGAUGGAGAUGAGGGCGUGCCCCUCCAGUGCCUACAUCAUGCUAUUGCACUUGUACGACUCGCACCUGCUACCCUCCACUACCGCAACAUGGAAGCUUCAGGCCCAGGGACUCGCCCACCUAUUGCAAGUCAGGGGCUGUAUCAUGAGGACGGUGGAGAUGUAUGAGGCGUAUUCGAGAGAGGAGAGUGAGGACGACAAGGAGGAUGAGGGCCAUGAUAGCGAUGGUGAGUGGCUGUACUCUUCAUCAGCAAACCAUGUUUUCGAUGAGACUCUCGGUAGCUCUCCCAUGGGUCCUGCGUCAUUAGUCUUUUACUCUUAA